UGCUGGGUGCUGCUGCCGCUGCCGCAGUUGGAUGUUAUACGGGGGCCGUUGCUGAAAGAAAACAACAAACCUUUCUACCCUGUCGGGCCGAGUAGAAGGUAACCAACGUGAUUACGUCUGUCUGCUCGUUUCGCCAUUCGGCCGUUGUGCACUCACAUCUCGAAAAAUCAUUUACAUCCGAUUCGUUUGAUUUUUAAGUUUCCAUUCGUUUUCGAAAGUGACGCGUUUUUUGCUUGAUUUAUUUGUCUGCGUCGCGUUCAAGUUCUCCCAGAUCGUGUCCCGAGAACUCGACCUCAACGAAAGCAGACACUCUCCUUUUUUAUUUGUCGCUUUUUUUGUUUUCAAUUUGACAUCCGUCGUGUCUCGUUCUUGGCCGAAUCGUUUAACGACUUGUAAUGUCCCUGCGUUCACUAGCGUCGCACAAAGUGUCACCCGAAUCACGUUGAACGCCAGAAAGCUCAUAUCAGAACGACGAUUCGAUUAGUAGUACAGUCAUUCGAAUCUUAUUGGCCCCGACAAGUGUGGAACCUGAUCGUGUUACGGCCGAGAAUGGCUCACUCGACUAUUGUCAAGCUAUUUGAAAUGAAGCCUUGAUUUCGCGCAUUAGAGGAUUUUGUUUUGGGAUUCGUGUUUGCCUCGGUGAAUGCACAGUGCGUACAAAUCAAGUGUAAGUGUGGACAGGCUAGUGAACAUCAGACACGUCAGGUGGAUUACGACACAUCUGAGAUAUAUAAACCAUCCGCGUUGACAGUGGUAUCGUCUGUUCGUGCGCAAAGAGAAAUACAGCAUUAACCGAAGAGAUCUUGGAUUACGUUUGGGGGCCCAUCAACCUUGGCCGCGUGAGAAUAUAUAUAUACGGGAAAGGAGGUGGAUACCAUGCCGACAUGAGCAACUAGCAGCAGAGCGUUGAUUUCAUCAAGCCAAAGUCUUCUGCCACACUGCCAGAUCUUCAUUAUGGAUCACAACGCAGGACUGGGGCCUGGAGCAGGGGGCCUUCCACUACACAUGCCUUCUGCGUUUGCCGCAUUCCCGCCGGCCGCGUCCGGUCCGGGAGCGCUGGCUGCUGCGGCAGCGGCUCACGCUGCCGCCGAUCAACGCGGAGGACCUGAUAGCCGAUUCCUAUGGGAUCCAUCGGGUCGCAUACACCCUACCUACCACGGUCACCCAGGGUUGACUUCGUCCGGUGCGAGCAGCGCAAGUCUCCAGGAGCUGACACUCUUAGCAGCGGCUCGUCGUUCAGCAGCCGCCGCGGCCGCCGUGGCCGCAGCCGGCGGAGGCGGUGGGGUCGGUUCGGGAGGAUCUCAUCCGAUGGGCAUGGGUGUCGGCAUGCCGUCGUCCGGCGUCGGGCCUGGUGAACUCCAUCCGGCCUACCGGCUCAACCCUUACACAAUCGAGCACCUGUACAGCUCACUUCACUCGAGUCCCACGGCCUCUCUACGGGGUCUUAGCCCACUCGACCCUCGAGGUUUGGCCUUACAACAUUCAAUCGACUACAUGGCCAACAUGUCGGUGCUGGGAUCACGCAUGGGGGAGGUCCACCAUUCGCCCUCGUUGCUCGGUUCGACGGAAUUACCUUUCUCUUUGGACGGUUUCGAUCUAGGCUCGCGUUUGGCCAGCCCCCGCCCUGCCAUCCGACAGAGUCGCAAACGAGCCUUGUCUAGUUCACCUUAUUCGGAUUCGCUCGACCUCGGAUCCAUGAUUCGAUUUUCGCCCAACUCUCUCGUGUCCAUCAUGAACGGAUCCCGUUCCUCCUCCACCUCAGGCUCUUAUGGUCAUCUGUCAGCAGGUGCCCUGAGUCCAGCCAUGGGCUUGCCACCUCUGCCAACGGCGCACCUUCAGCAGUUGCAGGCCCAUCUGAUUCGAACGGGAAGCCUGGGAGGCAGUUUGGGCGGCAGUUUGGGUGGCCAUGGCUCGCCUUUCUAUCCGGGGAUGCUGCAUCAGUCCAGCAAUCAACCUCAUCAGUAUCCCCAUAAUCUCUUCCAGUUAUCUGGUUCGGGAUUAGGACACCAUCCACCACCGAUGGGUCUCGGCUCUCACGGCCACCACAACAGCGGACAUCACACCAGUGUCAAACCAGAGUACGAGGCUGCCAAGAAAGAAUCACAUAAUCCCGUAUCGAGUACGGUCGACACUGAAACUCACAUGGAAGUCGUCAAAAUGCGGACGAAAAUCAAGAAAGAGCCGAUGGCCACGGCUGCAGUGGCUGCGGCGGCUGUCGUUCAACCGCCCAUGUCCAGCAAAGACAGUCAUCAUCAUCACCACCAUCACCAUUUGCAUAGUGGCGAGCCGAUGGAUGACGACGGCCACGACGGCUCGGGCGAUCCGAUGAAGGACGAGCCCGGUGAUUUCAUCGAAACGCAUUGCCAUUGGCGCGACUGCGACAAGGAAUUUGCAACUCAAGACGACCUGGUCAAACACAUCAACAACGACCAUAUCCACGCUAACAAGAAGAGUUUCGUCUGUCGCUGGAAGGAAUGCUCUCGCGAAGAGAAACCUUUCAAAGCCCAGUACAUGUUGGUCGUCCACAUGCGCAGGCACACGGGCGAGAAACCCCACAAAUGCACGUUUGAGGGAUGUUCGAAAGCGUAUUCGCGUCUGGAGAACUUGAAAACUCAUUUGAGAUCGCAUACCGGUGAGAAACCUUACAUGUGUGAAUUCCCAGGUUGUAGCAAAGCGUUCAGCAACGCGUCCGAUCGGGCCAAACAUCAAAACCGAACCCACUCGAACGAGAAACCUUAUGUCUGCAAAGCCCCGGGCUGUACGAAACGUUACACGGAUCCGAGUUCGUUACGUAAGCACGUCAAAACCGUUCACGGUGCUGAAUUCUAUGCCAACAAGAAACACAAAGGUGGUGACUCGGCGGGACCGGGUCCCAGUCCUGGUGGUGGUAGUAUGAUGGCCGGCGCCAGUCCUCGAAGUGACGAUGGUGGCAACAAGACGGCCAGCGUCUCUAGCCCCAGCGUGAAAUCAGAAGAGGCAGGAUCUCCCGGACAGAUAGGCAGUCCCGGCACGGAUUCGAGUAUUAUGACGCCGGGCGUGGUCUCGUGUGCCGAUACGUUCGGUCCGUGCGAUGAUCCGGAUAGCGUCAGCACAGCUAACGGUGGCAUGGCUGACGUCCUGGAUCAAAAUCAGGAAUGGGCAGCUGAAGAAAUUGACGAAUUCGACAUUGCUGAAUUGUCGGCUUCCGUUUCCGUAGCUUUGGGAGCUGGAGGCAACGAUGGUGGAAAUAGUCCCGGAAGGGCAGCCGCCUUCAAUUUGCAGGACAGGAAUGCCCGCAAUCGCAUGAAGGGACGACUUCAAGCUAAACCUAUGCCCGCCCUUCUCUCUUUGCCCAGCAUUAAUGGGGGCCCCAACAAUCGAAGAGCCAGCGGAUUGAGUGAAAUCAAUCAACGAAUUACCGAUUUGCGUAUGGGCGGAGGCAACUCCGCCACGGCGACUCAGUCUCCUCAAACGCAGAUGAACAACCGACCCACCAGCCAAUUGCUGGGCCAGACAAUGCUCCUACCCGGAAGCCAGCAGGAGAUCCGCAGGGAUAGCAACGCUACCACGGUCAGCUCCUAUUACGGUAGCAUGCGAUCCGGUGCGUCACCCCUUCCCUUCAGCCGUCGAGGGUCUGAAGUUUCACAAAUUUCAAACGUCUCUGGACGGGCAGCUUUCCUGUCGUCACCCUACGAUCCCAUAUCGCCGGGUAGCUCGAGACGCUCCAGCGAAGCCUCCAAUUUCCAGGGAGUCGGAGGAGGAAACCAAACGGGCAACAUCUACAUCGCUCAGCCAGGCCAGCACCAACAAGUUGGCGUCGUCAGUAACCAGCCAUUGACAGCCAGCAUGGCCGCCCAGCUGCAGAAGAUGCAACGAAGAGCUCUGAUUAUGCAAAACAUGGCCUCUACCCAAAAUCUGGUUCUUCAGACGCAAAGCAUGUCCCUCAGUCAACAGAAUUUGGCUGCCAAUGCGGCUGUGCAUCCCAGCCCGAGUCCACAUCCCCAUCAUCAAUUCAAUUCUGCAUCCGGCUGGAUGAAUUCUGGACAGAAUCAGGCUAUGAAUGGUGGAGUUGUUUAUCCUCGCCAGAGCCAAACACCCGGUGCCGUCAUGCCGUCAUACACACAGCAGCCGAAUCAGGGCCAGCGUGAAAUGCGAAGAGCAUCCGAUCCAGUCCGACCGAUGGCAGCUCAGACGGCUGUUCCUCUUCCACCACUCAAUUCCGCUUUGCAGAGACACCAUAGCGUCAACAACAUCCAACAGCAGCCGACGAUGCGCACCGCAAUGAACGGAAACAACAACCCAGCAGCGCGAGGGGUCAAUGGAUAUCCUCCCAAUCAUCCGAAUAGUGGUAUUGUACUCGACGAAGUCGGUGAGGGUCACAUGGUGGAAGAGAAACUUGUCGUUCCCGAUGAAAUGCUCCAGUAUCUCAAUCAGGUGAGCGUCAAUCAAGAUGGAAGAAUGGCAUCUCCACGAUCCUAUUUUAUGGGCCGCAGUCCUCGACCUGAUUCAGCUCAGCAUCACCAAUUCAGAGCGAUGCAACAACAAUAUCAGCAACAGCAGUUCCAUCAAUUCCAGCAGCAGCAACAACAACAACAACACACGAACAAUCAGUACAACCAAACAGCGACGAUGGCCACGGGCAACCAUUAUUCAGCUCAACAUCAGCCCGGCAAUGCUAUGGUUGGCUACAACAAUGGCCCACAGGCGCAUAUGGCGGCAGGUAUCAGUCCGACACCGACUGUGCGUAAUCAACUGGGAAUGCAAGCCAGUCCAGCUUUGGCUGCUACAGCUCCGCAGCAUUUCAAUGGCCCAGCUGUUUGCCACCAAGCCCAGGUUGGCCAGCCACAAAGUCAGCAACAACAACUGCCGCCAAUGUACAGCGCUUGCCCAGCUCAGUCCUCCCCUGUUGUCGCCAACGGUGUGGUAGGAGCUCAGCAGGGUCAACAACAACCCAACAUGGUUGGAUGUAACGCCAUGCAAUCUGCCGGUUACUCGCAGGCUGCAAACUACGGACCCACCCAUGCAAAUGGCGUCAACCCGUUGGCUUACAACAACUACAACAAUUCGGCUAACAUGCCGUGUAACAAUCAGCAGACGACAAUGCCAAUGAACAGCGGCUACGUCAUGAAUCAGCAGUGCGGCCACAUGCAGGUUGCCCAGCAACAACCAAAUCCAGUAGCUGUCCAGGCGCAGGGUUUCAAUAAUCCUUGUUCUCCUUGCACUGGCCAUCACCAUCAACAGCCGCAACCUGUGUGCAACAAUAAUCCAGCCAAUAACCAAAACUGGCAGUGCGGUUAUCCAGGCACUAAUGCAAUCACCGUGCCGCAACAACAGCAACAACAAAUGUCGUUCCAGCCGCAGCCACACGACAAUGUUACGUGGCAGAAUAAUGCGAUGCAUAGCGCAGGAAACGGCCCAACGAGCCACAUUCAGCCGACAAAUGCGUCGUCGAUAAUGUACAACAACAUGCAAAGCAAUGCCACAAUGGGCAACAAUUACAACAAUUAUAAUGGUCGUCCACCACCGUACAACCAAGUGGCAUCCGCCAUCCAAUGCCAAGAUGUUAGCCAAUCACAGGAUUUUAUCAAUCGAACUCGCGUCCAAGGAGCUGGACAGCAGCCCAGCAGCCAAGGGCCAUCAGCUACUCCAGCACAACAACAACAACACAGCCAACAAAUUAACAACGCGGCCACAGCCGUACCAUCUGUGGCAACCGGAGUAUCUACGCCGAGUAACAUGCGGCCUGAAACGUACCAGCGCACUUUAGAAUACGUCCAGCAAUGCCAGACUUGGUCGACAACAGGAGACAGCAAUGCUGGUGCACGAAUGGCCAAGGAGAACAAGCCUCCUCAUCAGCAACAACAACCUGGAGCUUGUGAGCCUCAGAUGACCAAGACUGCUGAGACGGCCGUUGUCGGACGAGCGUUGCUCUCACCGGGCCAGGACGCAGUUUCUAGCUCAACUGAUCGACAAGAAGCAGCCGCCGCAGCCGCAGCAGCUCUGUUGCCAUCAUCCGGCUCGGCCAAUCAGUCAAACAUGGUCGUGCACGAUAUGAACACGUCACUCAAUUCACUGAUGCAGGAGAACCGUUUCUUACAAAUGAUUCAGUAGUAGAGUACCAGUAGUAGAGACAUUCUUUUAGUAAUUGCUAUCGUGUGCUCUGCUUCUUUUUCUUUGAGUGAAUUCUAGUGCAAUAAGCUGGGAAAACCGCACUAUCAGACGUGACAAAACAAAUAUCCCGUUAGCUCCGUAUAACAAAAAAACUGCGUGUUAAGAUCUCGCCUUAACUUCUUCAUUGUUUUUGUUUCGUUUUUUUUUUGUUUGCACUUAUAUUAUCAUCUUCUUAUAAUAAUCUGACAAAUUUUGUACAUUAGUUACGUUUCGCGAAGAAAUAUUGUGCAUGUAUAUCGAGUGCCAAAUAGCAGAAAAAGAAACAAAAAAAAAAAAAAAAAGAAAAAACAAAACACAAAAAAAGGAACAAUUUGGCCGUCAUAUUGUACUGAAUGAUUACCCGCCUUACUUUUGCAGCUGUUGCGUUCCCAUUUUUCGUGGGACAAGUGUUUGUUGGGGAGGAGGACGGUUCGUGUUUGCCUGCCUUUGGAGUGUCCUUAUGUCUCAUGUCUGUUUGAAUUAUAUUUCUUGUGAUACUGCCUUAUAUUGAAUUCAUGUAUUUGCUCCAUCAAUCAUAUCUCUGGUGCCUUGACAGCUUAAUGAUUUGCUGCAGUGCCAUAUCAGAGUGUCUUGGUACUGUGUAUAAUGAAAUGCCCAUCAUCAUAUUCUCUUGAAUGGUAAAAUUUUUUUUCAUGUGGCCUGGCCUGAAUGGCAGCCUAUGAGUUGUGCUUUCGAGUACUUAAAAACUGUACUUACAUGUCCAAUAAAAUAAACUGUAUGUCUGUUGAAA